UUUGGGGUAAGGCAAUGGAAAGUCAGUCAUGUGGGUGAACCCUUCUCUUUAUCCUGCUCCAGUGCCAGCUCCAGGUCUCCAGCCAGCUGCAGAACCACAACAGUGGCCAGUUGCGGAGGUAGAGCCAGCUCCAGCUCCAGCUCCAUUGAUACCACCACCUGUAGCGCCGGAGUCAGUAUCACCGCCAUCAGCAGUGUUGGAGCUGGAGCAAGGACCAGCAUCAGCUCCAGCGGGAGUGGCAGCUCCUGAGCUGGAGUCACCUGGACCACCAGGUCUAAUGGGAAUUCCAUCACCAGCUCCAAAAAUACAGCGGCUCGAAACCCAGAGCCUUCCUGCCCCAGGCCUGUGGCGGAAUAUCUCCUUAGACCAUCUGGAGAAAACGUGGGGGAGUUUCCUGGUCGGUGGGCCUCUGCACACGAGACCUGGUAGAGGAGGGACCUCCCGUAUGUCUGCCAUUGCCCCUCAGUCACCUGGGAACGCCUGGGAGGUGGCAAACCCUGGGGACAGGGCCUGGGCAGGAGGGGGGCUCCCUAAGCCUCCUGGGGUCCUGAGUGCACCAGUUCUGCUUCAGGAAUCAGUUUCCUUGAAUGGCAGGUGCUGGGCUGAGCGAAAUCGGAGAUUUUCAAGUGCUGACUUGAUAGCAACAGUUGAAGCUCACCCUGGUCACAACAGAGCUGCUCCAUAGCAACGGGAACGGAGGCCCCAGGUGACCACAGGAG